GUGGUCGACGGAGAACGGGUUGCUGCUGCUGUUUAGGCUACUGACAGAGGACAAACCGAAGAAGCAAGGUGUUCAACAUGUCUGUGGACUGGGUAGGAUAUGGAUACGCAGCCCUCGUCGCAUCCGGGGGGGUGAUGGGUUACGUGAAAGCAGGCAGCGUCCCCUCCCUGGCUGCUGGUCUUCUCUUUGGGGGCCUCGCAGGUUUUGGUGCCUACCAGGUCUCCAAUGACCCCAAUAAUAUUUGGGUGUCCCUUGGAACAUCAGGCAGUCUGGCUGCCGUCAUGGGAAAAAGAUUCUAUGGAUCCAGGAAGUUUAUGCCAGCUGGCUUGGUGGCUGGAGCAAGUCUCCUGAUGAUUGGGAAGCUUAGUAUGACGUUGCUCCAGAAACCCCAGGAGUCAUAAUGAAGAUAUCAACACAUGAAAAAUUGCAGUUUGCCUAUUCUCUUGUGCAGAUUUCAUCCUCUUUUUCAGGAGUGCCCUGUCAAACAUUUGUCCAUUACUGCUGAACAUCAUUUUGUAAAAAAAAAAAUAAUAAGAAAAAAUGAAGUGUAUAUCUGAGGACGAAAUAUAGUUUACAUAAUACAAA